UGUCUAUUCCCAGCCUGUGGAAAGACAUUCGCAAGACUCUAUAAUCUCAAGAGUCAUUCAAGGACACACACCGACGAUCGUCCGUUUGGUUGCCAGGUAUGCCAGGCUUCCUUUAGUCGCAACCAUGAUCUCAAGCGUCACGUCAAGAUUCACGGUGGAGACAAACCUUACCAUUGUAUAGGAUGCAACAAGACAUUUUCAAGG